GUGUCUGUCAUGCAGAAGAUUCGUUCUGACUAUCUGACUAAUCCUGAGUUUGAUCCCCCUAAGGUGGCUAAAGCAUCUUCAGCAGCUGAGGGUUUGUGUAAAUGGAUUAUGGCAAUGGAAGUCUAUGAUAGAGUUGCAAAGGUGGUUGCUCCUAAGAAAGCCCGUUUAGGAGAAGCGCAGCAGUCUUUAGCAGAGACUUUGGCACUAUUAAAUCAGAAGAGAGAUGAGCUUACAUCAGUGGAAAAUCGUUUGGCAGCUUUGCAACAAACCUUUGAGGAAAAAACUGAAGAAAAGGCUCGUCUAGAAUUCCAGGUGGAUCUGUGCGCUAAGAAACUAGAAAGAGCAGAAAAGUUGAUUGGAGGCCUUGGUGGAGAAAAAUCAAGAUGGUGUAAUGCUGCAAAAGAUCUUCAAAAUACGUAUGAUAAUUUGACAGGAGAUGUUCUGGUAUCAGCUGGAGUAAUAGCUUAUCUGGGUGCUUUCACUGCUGGUUUCCGACAAGAGUGUACAAAAGAUUGGAGCAAGUUGUGCAAGGAGAAAAACAUCCCUUGUUCUGAGAAUUUCUCUUUGAGUAAAACCCUUGGUGACCCAAUAAAAAUCCGAGCCUGGAAUAUUGCUGGAUUGCCAACAGACAUGUUUUCUAUAGAUAACGGUGUGAUUGUUGAUAACUCCAGACGCUGGCCAUUAAUGAUUGAUCCACAGGGUCAAGCAAAUAAAUGGAUAAAGAACUUUGAGAAAGAAAACCAGCUGAGUGUUAUUAAGCUCACAGAUACAGACUACAUGAGAACUUUGGAGAACUGCAUUCAAUUUGGAACUCCGCUUCUGCUAGAAAAUGUUGGAGAAGAACUAGAUCCAUCACUCGAACCCCUGCUGCUUAGACAAACUUUUAAACAAGGGGGAAUGGAUUGUAUCAGGCUUGGUGAGGCAAUUAUUGAGUAUUCCAGUGAUUUCAGAUUCUUUAUUACUACAAAACUAAGAAAUCCACAUUAUUUGCCUGAACUAGCUACAAAAGUUUCUUUACUCAACUUUAUGAUAACUCCAGAGGGACUUGAAGACCAGUUGCUAGGUAUUGUUGUUGCAAAGGAAAGACCAGAAUUAGAAGAGGAGAGGAAUGCUCUCAUCCUUCAGUCUGCGGCCAAUAAUAAACAGCUAAAAGAAAUUGAGAAGAAAAUUUUAGAGACUUUACAAGUAUCGGAAGGGAAUAUACUGGAAGAUGAGACUGCAAUUAUGGUCUUAGACUCUGCUAAAAUAAUGUCUAAUGAAAUCACUAAGAAGCAACAAGUUGCAGAGAAAACAGAAAUUAAAUUAGCAGAAUCUCGAGAAGGCUAUAGACCCAUUGCAAAGCAUUCAUCAGUGCUCUUCUUCAGUAUUGCAGACCUGGCUAACAUUGAUCCCAUGUACCAGUACUCUCUCAGUUGGUUUGUUAACCUCUUUAUCAACUCAAUUCAUGACAGUAAUAAAUCUAAAAUUUUGGAGAAGCGCCUUCGUUACUUGAAUGAUCACUUCACGUACAACUUGUAUUGUAAUGUGUGUCGCUCUUUGUUUGAGAAGGACAAGCUGCUGUUUUCCUUUUUACUAUGCUGUAACCUUCUCAUGGCUAAGAAAGACAUAGAACUUCAAGAAUUUAUGUUCUUAUUAACUGGAGGAGUAGGUCUCAAGAACAAAUACAAGAACCCAGAUCCAUCGUGGCUACCAGAUAAGAGCUGGGAUGAAUUGUGUCGUGCAAGUGAAAUUCCAGCUUUUAGAGGACUAAGGAAUCAUGUUACUGAAAACAUAAGUGAAUGGCGAAAAAUCUAUGAUGACAAAGAUCCACAAAACCUUCCUUUACCAAAACCAAUGAAUACGAUGUUGAAUGAGCUACAAAAGAUGAUCAUUAUUCGGUGCCUCAGACCAGACAAGAUUAGUCUGGCCAUAACAAUCUUUGUAACGGAUAAACUGGGGAAGAAGUUUGUAGAGCCACCACCAUUUGAUCUAACGAAAAGUUACUUAGAUUCAAACUCAACAAUCCCACUAAUAUUUGUGCUAUCUCCAGGAGCAGAUCCUAUGUCCAGUCUUCUGAAAUUUGCAAAUGAUAAAAGCAUGGUUGGAAAUAAGUUUCAAGCCAUCUCACUGGGACAAGGACAAGGACCUAUUGCUGCAAAAAUGAUUAAAGAAGGAAUGGAAGAAGGGACCUGGGUUUGCUUGCAGAAUUGUCAUCUGGCUGUUUCCUGGAUGCCAAUGCUAGAGAAAAUCUGUGAAGAAUUUAACAGUGAAACCUGUCAUCCUUUCUUCAGACUUUGGCUCACCAGUUACCCAUCUCCUAAGUUUCCAGCUACCAUUCUGCAGAAUGGAGUAAAGAUGACAAAUGAACCUCCUACUGGCCUCCGGUUAAAUCUACUACAGUCGUAUCUUUCUGAUCCUAUUUCUGAUCCCAGUUUCUUCUCUGGCUGCCCUGAAAAGGAGUUGAUAUGGGAAAAAUUGCUGUUUGGGGUUUGCUUUUUUCAUGCUCUGGUUCAGGAAAGAAGGAAAUUUGGGCCUCUUGGUUGGAAUAUCCCCUAUGGAUUUAAUGAAUCAGAUUUGCGAAUCAGUAUCAGACAGCUGCAGUUAUUCAUAAAUGAGUAUAACCAGGUGCCAUUUGAAGCUGUAUCUUAUCUAACGGGUGAAUGUAACUAUGGAGGUCGAGUGACAGAUGAUUGGGACAGACGUUUGCUACUGACUAUGCUGGAUGAUUUUUAUAAUCCAGAUAUAAUUGAAAAUCCACAUUACAGAUUUUCUCCCAGUGGGAACUACCACGCGCCACCAAAAGGAACCUAUGAGGACUAUCUUGAAUUUAUUAAGAAUCUUCCAUUUAGUCAACAGCCAGAGGUGUUUGGGUUGCAUGAAAAUGUGGAUAUUUCAAAGGAUCUCCAGCAAACAAAACUCCUCUUUGAGUCUCUGAUAUUAACACAAGGAGGAAGCACACAGGGAGGCUCUACUGGCAGCAGCGACAGUACUUUGUACGAAAUAGCUGACGAUGUUCUCAGCAAGCUUCCAAAUGAUUUUGACAUUGAGGCUUCACUACUAAAGUAUCCUGUGAGAUAUGAAGAAAGUAUGAACACUGUGCUGGUGCAAGAAAUGGAGAGAUUUAACAAUUUAAUCCGGACUAUACGUAUUACUUUAAUAAACCUGAAAAAGGCUAUUAAAGGUUUGGUGGUUAUGGAUUCAGAGCUGGAGGCCCUGUGUGGCAGUCUGCUUAUUGGAAAAGUUCCAGAAAGCUGGGCUCAGCGUUCAUACCCAAGUCUUAAACCAUUGGGGAGUUAUAUCCUGGAUUUUCUAGCUAGGCUGAAAUUCUUACAGGAUUGGUAUGAAUUAGGGAAGCCCACUGUUUUUUGGCUGUCAGGAUUCUAUUUUACUCAAGCCUUUUUAACUGGAGCAAUGCAGAACUAUGCCAGGAAGUACACCAUCCCAAUUGACCUCUUGGGAUAUGAAUUUCAGGUUAUUCCUACAGAUACAUCUGAUACUGCACCAGAAGAUGGUGUUUAUAUCCAUGGAUUAUUCUUAGAUGGAGCUCGCUGGGACAGGACCAAAGGAAUACUAGCUGAGCAGUAUCCCAAAUUGCUCUUUGACAUGAUGCCAAUCAUUUGGAUAAAACCAAAUAAAAAAUCAGACAUAAAGAAAUCUAAUGCCUACAUUUGUCCACUGUACAAGACAAGUGAGCGUAAAGGAACCUUAUCAACUACUGGACAUUCCACUAACUUUGUCAUUGCGCUGUUGCUAGACACUGAUCAACCAGUCCAGCACUGGAUCAAGCGAGGUGUUGCUCUGCUCUGCCAGCUGGAUGACUGACUUUGAGGAAAUCAGAUUCAAAUGUCACCAUAUAUGUCUUGCUCUUUCUCCAGGGUACAGGAAAUACAGCAUGCUGUGUCAAAGGGACAGCUUUAUAUUUUGGAGCUCCAGUAAACUUUUUCUUAAUCCUUAAUAUUUUUAAUUAAAUGAAUAUGUGAUGUUACUUACUACUAUCUUUGAAAUGAAUCUGGUGUAUUCAUUUGAUACAUUUUCAGCAUAGGAUCCCGUGCAAGUGUACAGGUGUUUUUUGUUCCCUCUUUUAAUAUUGCAAAAUUAUCUUGAGGAAAAAGUGAAAACUGUUUGAUCUCCUCUAUGGGAAGCUUUAUAGUACUAGAGAACUUCAAAUGUCCAGAUGCACCAGCAUUCAAGCAUCCAGAUGCACAAGCAGACUCUCAGAAAUAUAGCUUUCUCCAUCUCUGCCAUUAUGCCAGGUUCCAGCAGAGGGACAAACUGGAAUGUGAAUACACACCUGAUUCAAAUAGUGAAAAAAAAUACAGAAGCUAACUUUCUGUACCCAAUGCUAAAAAUUUCCUUUAUAUGAAUAUAUAAAAACUUGCAAAGCCCCAUAGCUUUUGAUACAUGGCAUUCAUCUUAGCCUAGGUUUAUCCUCACUCCAUGUACACAUGAGUAUUUAUAUUUAUAAUUUUUUUAUGAAUUGCAUUAACAUGAAAAUUAUAGUUGGACAGGUUGUGAACAAUUUCUAUUGUAGUAUUUUUCUUUUAAAAACAUA